UCUCUGGAGCUGGGGCGCCUGCACGAUGUGCUGGUCCGGCCUGACCACCCGGAGCUGACGGCUGAGUGCCAGGAGAUCACCCAGGGGGCGCUGCCUCCGCCGCUGGAGCAGGCGUUGAGACAGUUUAAUCAGUCCGUGAGCAAUGAGCUGAACAUUGGUGUAGGUACUUCCUUCUGUUUUUGUACUGAUGGACAGUUGCACAUUAGGCAGGUUCUGCACCCUGAAGCUUCCAAAAAGAACGUCUUAUUGCCCGAGUGCUUCUACUCCUUCUUUGACUUGCGGAAAGAGUUCAGGAAGUGUUGCCCUGGCUCACCUGACGUUAGCAAACUCGAUGUCGCGGCCAUGACAGAACAUUUAAAUCUUGACAAGAACAGUCCAGCGUUUCCUUAUGGAGUCUCCCAAGUUGAAGAUAUGGGGCAUAUUAUUUUAACACUAAUAUCUGAACCAUACAAUCACAGGUUUUCAGAUCCAGAAAGAGUGAACUACAAAUUUGAAAGUGGGCCUUGCAGCAAGAUGGAACUUGUGGAUGACAAUGCUGUUAUCAGAGCAAGAGGAUUGCCGUGGCAGUCGUCUGACCAGGACAUAGCAAGAUUCUUCAAAGGCCUAAAUAUCGCCAAGGGAGGUGCUGCACUCUGUCUCAAUGCCCAAGGUCGAAGGAAUGGGGAGGCUCUCGUGAGGUUCGUAAGUGAAGAACAUAGAGAUCUGGCGCUGCAAAGGCACAAGCAUCACAUGGGGAAUCGAUACAUUGAGGUAUACAAGGCAACAGGUGAAGACUUCCUUAAAAUUGCAGGAGGCACUUCCAACGAGGUUGCCCAGUUCUUGUCGAAAGAAAACCAAGUGAUUGUCAGGAUGAGAGGUCUUCCUUUCAAUGUAACAACAGAAGAUGUGCUGACAUUCUUUGGCCAGCACUGCCCUGUAACAGGAGGAAAGGAGGGAAUCCUGUUUGUCACAUACCCUGACAGCAGGCCAACAGGGGAUGCCUUUGUGUUGUUUGCUUGUGAAGAAUAUGCACAAAAUGCACUAAAAAAGCAUAAGGACUUGCUGGGGAAAAGGUACAUUGAACUCUUCAGGAGCACUGCUGGUGGGUGCAAAGCUUACAAACAUUGGCUUCUUGUGCUGAACAGGUACUCUUCCACACCUCUCAUUCCUCUCCCAACACCUCCUAUUCUUCCAGUAUUACCUCAACAAUUUGUGCCUCCCACUAAUGUCAGAGACUGCAUACGUUUACGUGGUCUUCCCUAUGCUGCUACUAUAGAGGACAUUCUGGAGUUCUUGGGGGAGUUUUCGACAGACAUUCGGACCCAUGGGGUUCACAUGGUACUAAAUCACCAGGGUCGUCCAUCAGGAGAUGCUUUUAUUCAGAUGAAAUCUGCAGACCGAGCUUUUCUGGCUGCACAGAAGUGUCAUAAGAAGACUAUGAAGGACAGAUAUGUCGAAGUCUUUCAGUGUUCUGCUGAAGAGAUGAACUUUGUAUUAAUGGGGGGCACUUUAAAUCGAAAUGGCUUGUCCCCACCACCAUGCCUUUCACCCCCUUCCUACUCCUUUCCGGCUCCUGCUGCAGUUGUGCCAACAGAAGCUGCUCUGUAUCAGCCAUCCGUGCUCCUGAACCCGCGAACGCUCCAGCCCUCCACGGCGUACUACCCUGCUGGGGCUCAGCUCUUCAUGAACUACACGGCCUACUACCCCAGCUGUGCGGGUAUCCUGGUGUAUGGCUGUGCGGGUACCCUGGGGUACGGCUGUGCAGGUACUCUGGUGUAUGGCUGUGCGGGUACCCUGGGGUACGGCUGUGCAUGUACCCUGUUGUACGGCUGUGCAGAUACCCUGGGGUACGGCUGUGCGGGUAUCCUGUUGUAUGACUGUGCAGGUAUCCUGGGGUACAGCUGUGCGGGUAUCCUGUUGUAUGGCUGUGUGGGUACCCUGGGGUACGGCUGUGCAUGUACUCUGGUGUACGUCUGUGCAGGUACCCUGGGGUACGGCUGUGCGGGUGUCCUGGUGUCCGGCUGUGCAUGUACCCUGGGGUACGACUGUGCAGGUAUCCUGGGGUAUGACUGUGCGGGUAUCCUGUUGUAUGGCUGUGUGGGUGCCCUGGGGUACAGCUGUGCAGGUGCUCUGGUGUACGACUGUGUGGGUACCCUGGGGUACGGCUGUGCAGGUAUCCUGGUGUCCGGCUGUGUGGGUACCCUGGGGUACACCUGUGGUGGUAUCCUGGGUUACAGCUGUGUGGGUAUCCUGGGUUACAGCCACCCCGGGAGCACACAGGCUGCAGGGACCCAUGGUCAGCAGCGCUGCUGGCACAUCACACGAUGUCGCUCUGUGCGUCGUCAUCCUCCCCUCAAGCAGGAUCAGAAAAGUAGAGCAAG